AUGACAACAUUGAAGGUUCUUGUAUACUAUGAUGGAGUAUGGGAUGAAAAUCUAAACUACUCAAAUUAUAAGAUCAAGGGUAUUUUAGUUAAAGACGAUGCGGAAUUUGAAACUCUAAAAGCAUUGAUUUUCAGUAUACUUAAGGUUAAAUUUGGGGAAACUGAAAUACACAUCAAGUAUCAGUUGGAACCAAAUCAGCAAGCUGUGGACAUUGAUGAUAAUGAAAGCCUUCAAUUUUAUAUUGAGAUUAAAAGAGAGGAUGCUAGAAUUACACGUUUUCCACUGUGCAUCACAACUACAGGGUAUGAGAUUCAGAAUGUCAUUGAAAUGGACACUGAAACAGUUGAAGAUACGAAUGAAGACAUACAUGAGGCGUCAUAUCCCAGUCCUACAGCAAUGGAUAUUGUUACAUAUGCUGAAAUGAUAUUCAAGCAGACGGAACAUGACGAAGCAGAACGACAGACAAUCGAGGACGGGGAGAAUGAAAUUUUUGCUGUAAGUAAAUCGUGCAAGCUCGAAUACGUGAUUCAUUGCCUCUAUGAUCAAUGCAACUGGAAUUUAAGGGCUUCGAAAGACGGAAAGACAAGCAUGUUUAUUAUAAGAAGAAUGGACGAUAUUCACACAUGUCCCCCGGAAUUCAGAAUGGAAGAACAACGGCAAGCGACAUAUUCAGUAAUUGGGGACUUGAUAAAAUCAAAAUUCUUGAAUAUAAAGACUGUGUACACACCGGCAGACAUUAUUUCCGAUAUGCAAAGAGAUUUUGGAGUUGUUUUGAAUUACAACAAGGCUUGGAGAUCCAGAGGAAAAGCACUUGAGUUAAUUAGAGGUAAACCAAGAGAUUCAUAUUCAGUUUUGCCUAAUUUUUUGAAUAUGCUUGUGAAAACAAACCCAGGAUCAGUUGUAGAUCUACAAACAGCAGAAGGGAAUAAAUUUAAAUAUGUUUUUAUGGCUUUGGAUGCAUCCAUAAAGGGCUGGAAUUUUUGUAGACCGGUUAUUGUAGUGGAUGGAACUUUUUUAAAAUCAAACUAUGGAGGAACACUACUAACUGCAUCUACACAAGACGGUGGGGGUAAGAUAUUUCCACUUGCAUUUUGUGUGGUCGAUUCUGAAAAUGAUGAGUCUUGGCAUUACUUUUUUGAGAAAAUAAAAGGAGCUUAUAGAGAAAAGGAGAAGUUAUGUAUUGUAUCUGAUAGACAUGAUAGCAUUAAAAAGGCUGCAAAUUCAGUAUUUCCUCUUGCUAGUCAUGGUAUUUGCGCGUAUCAUCUCUUGUGUAACGUCAAAAAACAAUUUAAAGUUAAUCCUAAAAAUCCAAAGAGUUUGAAGGACUGUUUUUUUGGGGCUGCGAAGGCGUACACGAAAAAAAGUUUUGAUUACUUUAUGGCAGAACUAGAUAGCAUCAACGUAGCAAUACGACCAUACCUUGUUGGUGUUGGGUUAGAAAAAUGGGCAAGAGCAUAUUCAACUGAAAACAGGUACUGGACAAUGACAUCGAAUAUUGCUGAGUCUUUUAAUGCAGCAAUCAAAUCAGCAAGGGAAUUACCGGUUGCAACACUUCUGGAAUAUUUGAGGGUAUUAGUUCAAGAGUGGAGCUACAAAAAUAGAAACAUAGCUUCUUAUACUAUGACAAAACUGACAAAUAAAGCAGAAGAAGCACUUAGGGAAAACUAUUCACUAGCUAGAAGAAUGAAGGUUAUUCCAUCAGUAACAUGUAUAUACAGUGUGGAAGAUGGCACAAAGACUUCAAUAGUAGAUCUCAUUGAGAGGACAUGCAGUUGUUGUAGAUUCCAAAAAGAUGAGCUACCUUGUGCACAUGCAGUUGCAGUGUUUUGCAAAUACCACAUGGAUCCCUAUCAAUAUUGUGCAGAAUUUUUCAAAAAAGAAAAUUUAGUGAAAAUAUAUGAGGCUAUUGUUUUUCCGAUGCCUAGCCAAAGCGAUUGGGAUGACGCAGAAGACAUGGAAUAUGCCGACGUUCUUCCGCCAAUAGGAAAAAUUCCAGCAGGACGACCGAAGAAACAAAGAUUGAAGCCAUGUCAUGAGAGAAAGGAAAAAAAUACAUGUAGCAGAUGUGGAAACCAGGGGCAUAACAAAAAAACAUGCCGUAAUCUUCCAAAGUGA